UCGGCUCCACAGAAGGUAUCGGAUGUUUUUGCAACAACAUCACAAGCAUCCUUUUACGCACCUUUAUACAAAGACAAAACUUGCUUGAUACGCCAUGACUCGCUUUUCAAAGCCGUGUGGGACUGGGUCAUUCUCGCGUUUGUGAUCUACACAACCAUUGAGAUCCCUUUUGAUGUGGCCUUCAUUAGACCGACGCAGAACGCUAAGAGCACCGCUCGGUUUGGCGCCUUGGUGGCCCUUUCACCGAUCGCUAUUGUAAAUCUCAUUGUAGAUCUGUUUUUUAUUAUUGACAUUCCGCUUAACUUUCGGAGCGCUUCUGUGCAUAAGCAUACCGAGGAGGUCAUCAGUGAUCCUAAAGAGAUCGCUGUUCUUUAUCUGAAGUCGUGGUUCAUUGUGGACUUUGUGGCAGCUAUUCCAUUUGAAUUCCUCGUCAAUCCUCAACAUGAAGGGGUAAGUAGACAAGGUAGUGGCCAACCUCGUUCCCAGGGUCUCUCAAUCUUUUUCGCACUACCAAGGCGAGAGGAAAAAGACCCUGGGAACAAGGUUGGGUAUUUGUCUGUCAUAGUUAGAGAUAAUCCAAACAGAAUAAGUAAGACAGCGAAAAAGAAGUUCGAGUAUUCUCGCUCUAAUCUGCGCUUGUUUCUUCGCUCCCAGGCUACUACGCUCACGGGCUUGCUAAAGACCGCGCGCCUCUUGCGCCUGGUGCGAGUCACGCGAAAAAUCGACCGUUAUUCCGAGUAUGGGUUAGGGGUGAUCCUGCUGCUCAUGUGCUCUUUCAUGAUCACUGCUCAUUGGCUGGCAUGCAUAUGGCACGCUGUUGGAACUGCAGAGGCACCAGGCGAUCAUGGCUGGCUGGCGGCUCUAGCAAAGGAAAUUAAUAUGCCAAUCAAUCAAUCACUGCCUACAAGUGGGCCAAGUCUUAAGACAAGAUACCUCACUUCGUUGUACUUCACCCUGAGCAGUUUAACCAGCGUGGGUUUUGGGAAUGUUGCACCGAGUACGAACCACGAGAAAACCUUUUCUAUUGUUGUAAUGCUUAUGGGAGCCUUGAUGUACGCUUCCAUAUUUGGUAACCUGACGGUGAUCAUUCAGCGGUUGUACGUAAAAAGUCUCAAGCAGCAUGAGGAUCUCCGCCUCAUCCGGGACUUUGCUCGCUUCUUCAAGAUACCUCGGCCUCUUCAAAAAAACCUGGAGGAUCAUGUGCUCCAUGAAAACCUCACCAUGAAAGUGUCUGUUAUCAACCGCGUGUUAAACCUAUUCCCAGGGACCCUACAAAACGAUAUCUGUCUUCAUAUCCAUCAAGAACUGUUCAAGAUGAAUUCCGCUUUCCGCAACGCUGUUCCCAGUUGUCAGCGGUCUCUAGCCACAAAGUUGAAGGUUAAGCAUUAUUUACCCCGUCAAUACGUGAUCAAACAGGGAGAUGAGGUGGAUAAAGUCUUCUUUAUCAUGAAGGGGAUAGUUCAUGUUAUUGAGCCGGAUGGACAAACACUUCUUGCUCUUGGGAUGGGUGAUACAAUCUACAGCGAGCACAGGUCCAUGGAGAGGAAAGCUCGGGCGGCGGCCAACGUGAUUGUACAAAUACCAACAGACAUUCACUCCAUCGAGUGGGACGACCUCACGCCUAUUCUCAAAGACUACCCUGUGUUUAGAGAAGAGUUCCUCGCAAGAAUGGUGUUUUCCUUCCAAAUUGGAGAUUAUGUCAAGGAGGAAGAAGAAGUUGAAUUCGUGGAAGGGUCGCCGAGGCGACUGGAACCUAUUCGAGAGGUCUGCCAAUCAAGCAGGGAAGAGGAUAAAGAAAACUCUCUAUUUCAGACGCCAGAAUUUGACGAAGUGAAAGAUUUUGAUCAUGAAGAAAACAUGAAGCUUAUCGAGCGGAGACUCUCCAAUAUGGAAAAAAAAGUGUCCAUCAUAAUUCCUCUUUUAACGAAAACAUUGAAAAAUAAAGUUUAG